UAAAAUAGAAAAGUGCCAUUAGUAGACUACAUACAUCAAAAUAAGUGAACAUAGUUUUCUUCUUAUUUUAAUUUCAAAGUGCAAAAUAAAAGUAAUCAACUCUAUACUCCACAGAUAAGGAGUCAUGGCUUGGGUGCUUGCUGCAUACAUACAUAUGCAUGCAUAUGAUUUCUAUUACAUAUAAAUCUUAUAAGUAGAUUAUACAGCUCAUCUUAUUGGUAGUGCUCUCCAUAAGCUUCUAUUUAAUAAGAGCACUAAUAGCAUCGCUACUGACAAUCGCCCCAACUCAGACGGUGUUUAUCGCCUUUAAAUAUGUAUAUAUAAUACUAUUUGCGUCAUCGCCAUAACCGAUCAACGAAUUAAAACACACGAUCAGUGUACUUAUAAAUCGAAGCCGCAUACUGCCAAUAAAAUCAGUUCAGUUUGGAACACCUCAAUAGUUGAACGCAUUCUUUCUGCUUUCUUACGAAUUUCUUGCAAGUGCAUACAGAUGUAUGACCGGUCAUUUGUCAAAUUUGUUAGAUUAGCCGCCAAAGUGCUUAUUUGCUAGUAGUAAAGCAUUGUGAUUACAUUAAAACACAUAUAUAAGUGCAUUUCAGUGUUGAAUUCAAGUUAAAAAAAAAAAAAAAGUUAUCCCUCAACGGAACAAGGCUAUAUUAUUUUGUCAUUGUAUUGAACUAAAAACGCUUGAAUGGUGGUAAUAAGUAGUGCCGAAUAUCCAAACCAGCUGUCAAAUUUACAAAGAGAGCGAAAUUGCUUACAAGACUUAUUAAAAAGUGACUUUACAGUUCAAAAAUAUUCGAAUUUUGGUGAUAAGCGCAUUAUUUGUGAUCUGCUACUAAAAACUUGUGAAGACUGCACAAAAAUGGCCGCUUUGCCGCAAGGAGCAUUUGCCGCAUGUAAAUUGCGGGAAUUACGUGAUAGAGAUUUAUUGGUUGCUCGCUUGAAGAGUCAUACCGAGAGAGGGGAAGCCAAAAAUAUUAAUACCAAUAAGAAAUUGACUGAAUAUACGCCGGCCAAGUAUAAUGAUAAGUUGAUGAAUUCAAUUUGGGGCUUCUACAAUCGUUACUCCCCUCACAACAUAAAAGGCAACGAGUACGAAUCUACGCAGAAGGACUAUAUUAUGCAACAGCACAUUGCUGUUGCUUCCUAUGCCAUUGCUGAAGACUUAGCAAUGGGCCUACGCUCCGGCAAGGAGUGGGACUUACGUGAGAAGUGAAGGCAAUUUAUAUAGUUAUUGUACAACAACUUACGAAAUUUUUUAUAUAUGCUGAAAUAUACACGUUUAUUAUUUUAUAUUUAUGAAUAUUCAUAUGAAUAUUCAAUUA